AUGCCUAAUCGUGCUGAAUCAUCAGCUACAUGGAAUAGUCAAUCUAUUGCAUCUGAACAAAGUAAUGGUCAAGAUUUGCCAGUUACAUGUUGUGCAUGGCUCUUGCGAUUUGUACUUUGUAUUUGUCUGUUAUUAUUCAGCAUGCCUUUGGCCUUACUUUUAGCACCAUGGUGGGUUUGGUUGCAGGUGUUGGAAAGCAAACUUCCGUACUUGAUCAAUGGUUAUUAUCGUAUUGUUACAUGGCCAUUAACAUUGAGUCAGAAUAUUCGAUCUUAUCGACAAGAUGAUUAUUUUAUUGAAAAAUUAAAAUGGUAG